CGCGGUUGGCGGCCACUGGCGUGAGGGGCCUCGCUGCGUGCCCGCGGCCGAGCCCGCGCAGCGAUCCCGAGCAUCGGUGAUGGAACCCCCCAGCCCCAGCGCUGUGCACCUGAGUGACUGGCAGAAAAGUUACUUUGCGAUUACCUCCGGCACCUGCACGCCCGGCCAGAAGGCAGAUGAAUACCGUGCCAAAAUCCUCCAUAUUCAGUAUGCAUGGGCAAACUCCGAGAUCUCUCAGGUCUGUGCUGCCAACCUGUUUAAAAAGUAUGCAGAGAAAUACUCUGCGAUUAUUGACUCUGACAACAUAGAGACUGGCUUGAAUAACUAUGCUGAAAACAUCCUGACUUUGGCAAAGUGUCAGCAGAAUGACAGUGACAAGUGGCAAUCUGCCUUGACAACAGACAAUGUAUUUAAAUUAAAGCAUGUGCAAGAGAGGAUGCAGGCUGGCAAAAAUUUCCAGAGCUCUCAGAUGGCACCAGCAGAUGCCUGUGUUCUAGCUGAGAAAGGGGUCAGUGCCUCUGCUGCUCCAGCCCUUCCUAAACUCAGUGUCUUCAGCAGUGCCGGAGGGAUGGAGCUCUGUGCUGGCUCAGCAAAAUGUGCGAGUCAGGGACCGGAUCUCCUUGAGCAUCCUUCAUCUUCAAAGUCUCUUCAAAGCAGUGUGCUUCCUGUGGCCAAAACUUCAGAUACGCUUCCUGCAUCUUCAGCCUCCUUAAAUGAACAGGUGCAUGCAGGUUUCCAGGCAACUCCACUAUUUGGAAGUAAAGAAGCGACAAGUAGUAGUGCUCUGAAAAUGUCAGGUAACUGUCGUGAUGGACAAAAUUUGCCUGUUUCUAAUCAGUCAGCUGUACCUGUGUGGUCCACGAGUUCUGGGAAAAGAAAAGCAUUUUAUGGUCUGGCUGAUGAAGGCAGCACGGCGAUUCCUAACCUUGCUCCAUGCCAGGCUUCUGGUAGCACAGAAACCAGUAGUUUCUCAGGGUAUAGAAACAGAAAUGAAGAGGCCAGUGUUCCUGGUUUUAGAACAGCAAAAGAACAGCUGUGGGUGGAUCAGCAAAAGAAACCUCAAAGCCUACCCCAGCGUGCAUCAGUCUCGUCGUACGGAGGCAUAAAAAAAUCACUGGGAGCAGGCAGAUCUCGGGGUGCAUUUGGCAAGUUUGUUCCUCCAGUUCCCAAACAAGAUGGAAAUGAAAAUGGAGGAGCACAGUGUAAACCUCAUGCAAGAGGGUCGACAGAUCCGUCACUGCCUGUAGAUGAGCGACUGAAGAACAUAGAGCCAAAAAUGGUUGAACUCAUAAUGCAUGAGAUCAUGGACCACGGGCCUCCGGUCAACUGGGAUGACAUUGCUGGGGUUGAAUUUGCUAAAGCUACUAUAAAAGAAAUAGUAGUCUGGCCUAUGCUGAGGCCGGACAUCUUCACUGGGCUACGUGGUCCUCCUAAAGGAAUUCUUCUCUUUGGCCCCCCUGGCACUGGCAAGACUCUCAUAGGCAAGUGCAUCGCAUGCCAGUCUGGAGCGACUUUUUUUAGCAUCAGUGCCUCUUCCCUGACUUCCAAAUGGGUAGGUGAAGGGGAGAAGAUGGUCCGUGCGCUAUUCACUGUGGCACGAUGUCAACAGCCAGCAGUGAUUUUCAUUGAUGAAAUUGAUUCCCUGCUGUCUCAGCGUGGAGAUGGGGAGCACGAGUCAUCAAGAAGAAUAAAAACUGAAUUUCUGGUCCAGUUAGAUGGAGCGACAACCUCCUCAGAAGAUCGUAUUCUGGUGGUCGGAGCAACCAAUCGACCCCAAGAAAUUGAUGAAGCUGCACGAAGGAGACUGGUGAAGAGAUUGUACAUUCCUCUUCCCGAAGCCCCAGCGAGGAAGCAGAUUGUUACCCGUCUAAUGUCGAAGGAGCACUGCUCCCUAAAUGAAGAGGAGAUUGAACUCAUAGUUAAGAAAUCAAAUGGGUUUUCUGGGGCGGACAUGACACAGCUUUGCCGAGAAGCAUCUCUGGGCCCUAUCCGCAGUCUUCAGUCCCUGGACAUUGCAACCAUCAUGCCAGACCAAGUACGGCCAAUUGCUUUCCUGGACUUUGAGAGUGCCUUCAGAACCGUGCGGCCCAGCGUCUCCCCGAAGGACCUGGAGCUGUAUGAAACCUGGAACCAGACAUUUGGCUGCGGUAGAUAAAUUGCAUCCUGACUGUUUCACAGAAACAUUUCCUUACCACUGUCACGUAUCAAACCACGAUAAUUUAGAGUGUCUGCACGUCUUUUGGUUUCUGUCUUUUAAAUAAAUUUUCUUACGUUAUGCAGGCAGAUACCUGGGCCCUGGCCUGAGGUUUCACCAACUGAAAUGACCAUGAGGAUCUGCUGGUCACGAAAUGAGAAACUCUAAACACAAGUAGCAGAGUGAGAAGCUGACUAAAGUUACAAAUAGCUGUUGUGAAAGAUGGACAGAUUUCAAUGGUAUGUAAGGGGAAUGUGGUCAAACCUCACAUAGAAUUGGAGAGAGUAUUGGGGGGAAUUUCUUGAGACCACUCUGCUGUAUCAGUAACACCGUGCAAGGCAGAGGCAUCCCAGGUAAUGUUAUCAGAAAUAGCAGUUUGGGGUAGGAAUGUAGCAAAACUGGGACCAGUGGGGAAAAGUAGUUCAGGGCACAUUGUCUGGGAGGAGGUUGGAGCAAAGGGGGGAAAGGGUUGAGGUGGGCAUGGGAAGAACAUGCAUGGAAAAUACAAGGGACGAAUAAAAGGGGUUGGCCCCAUGUAAGCAGUGCUCUUGUCUGACUGAGCCCUGUGCCGUAUCACUGCUGUCUGCCUCAGCUUCUUAUUAAAUACUUUUUCUGAUGAUU